AUGGGCAAGAGGUUUGAGAUUCAUUUGAUGUUUCUAUCUGCGCUGACUGUCAGUGUGUUUGGUCAGACUAUCCGACUCGUGUCCCCACUUGACAACGGUGUUGGGAGACUUGAGGUGUACUAUAACGGCACAUGGGGUACUGUGUGUGACGAUGGCUUUGGUGCCAAUGAAGCUAAAGUGGCCUGCAGACAACUAGGACGAUCCGGAGUUACACCAAGGGCGAUUCAAACUUUCGGAUUUGGAGGAGGGCAGAUUUGGUUGGAUGACGUGAGUUGCUCCGGUACAGAAUCGUCUUUGGCCAGCUGUUCACACAAUUCAUGGGGCGUCCACAAUUGUCAACACAGGGAAGAUGUUGGCAUCAUAUGUGAUCCAAGUGACAUAACCAUGAAGCUGACAAGCUACAAAAGUGGACUCCUGCAGGUACUCCACUCCGGUAGCUGGGGAACAGUGUGUGAUGAUGGCUUUGGGCAGGUAGAGGCUUCCGUGGUUUGCAGAGCUCUCGGAUACCAAGGGGGUAAGGACCUCGAUAAAACCAGUUCCAUUAAAAUGUGGCUGGAUGAUGUGGACUGCACGCUGCAGAACACACAUCUAAAGGACUGCAAGCACAGGCCCUGGGGGGUGAAUAACUGUUUCGACUCUGAAGCUGUUGGUGUCGAGUGUUUUUCAUUUCCUGAAGAGGCUACAGCGGCAAGACUUGUCUCCACCACCAACAUGCCAGGUGUUCUGGAGCUGUACUAUAGCGGACAUUGA